AUGGCAGCCCUCAUGCUGGACGAUGACGAGUUCAAGUCUCUCGAAUCGAUCGUGGCGCGCCUCAACCAGCUCAACGCCAGCAUACAGUCGUUACGCGCCGACAUUUUCAACGCUCAUCCCCUGCCUCCGCCGUCCUCGUUCCAAGCCUCGUCGCAAAUCAUCCAGAAGAAUCUGCAAUCGCUCCUCGACACCAUCAACGACAAUGCGGUCCUCCUCGACACCAUAGCGAUACACCCGAGCACCAACUAUCCGGGCCGAACGCAGGAGGGGCUGCUGACGAAUCUGCUCCGCAAGAAGCUGGAGCCGCAGACGGAGGAGCUCGUCGACAAGGGACGGACCAUGAGCGACGAGGCCACCAAGGAGGGCAUGGACAAGAUGAUGGAGGUGUGGUCCGGCGUGCGCGAGUGGAUGUCGGAGCGGGUGCGCGAGUACGUGACCGAGGAGGCGGGCGACUUUUACACGAGGGAAGAGCGAGACGAGAUUGGCGUGGAAAAUGUGCGGACGGGGCUGAAGAGGGAUCUCUACGAGGACGAGGACGAGGACGAGGAGAUGGAGGGGGCCGAGCCGAAGCCGCCCAAGGCAGAAGCGCCCAAGGAAGAGGAAAAGGUCGUCACGAGGGGCCCCGAGCUCGAGACGCUGCUGUGGUUCAUGGCGCGAGGCGACUUUAUGGUGCCGCCGAACGUGGAGUAUGAGCGCAAGGGGGGGUCGUACAGGGGACUUCAAGGGGUGAACAUUCCCCAGCAGACACUGCAGCAACAGGCGCAGGAGCAACAGGCACAGGCGCAGGAGCAGCAACGGCAACAGCAGCAACACCAGAUGGGUCAACCAGGCUAG